GUUUUCCCUCCAUCCAUGCGAGUGCUAGGCGAUGUCAUCGACCUAUCCUCAUCCCCAGAGCCAGUGCAUAGGUAUCCAAUUAGCAAGCCUAUUGAACUGAAUGACUCGGACGACGAGCAUCAUGCCACCCAGUCUCGUCGUCGCGACAACAAUAAGCCAGUUGACGCGGUUUCUGGCUAUGUCGCCCAGGUUCUGGAGGUCAUUCCAGACGUUGAUCCACCGCACCUAGAGGGUCUUGUGCGACAGCAGUUGCUCAAUGCUCCCGAAAACGUGCUAGAGUCGGUACUCCACAUUCUGUUCGAGGACCCGACAUACCCGAAGUCAGACAAGAAAGGCAAGCGAAAGCGCGUUGAAGAAGACGAUAAUCCCCGCAACAAGCCCAAGGCCAAAAUAGACUACGCAUCCCAAGAUCGGCCGUAUAAUGGUGGUGUUCAUUACCCGCAACUGGCUAUAGAACAAUUGAUGGCCGACUUCCCUCUUAUUCCUAAGCCUUACCUCCGACAAACUCUUUUGGCGCAUCACUCAUUGUAUGCACCUACCCACAUUUUCCUAAAGUCGCUGCGCGACGGAGAGCUUCCGUAUACCCCCAAAACUAUUCCGUCACGGCCGGCGAAGGGUAAGCAAAAGGCAUUGCAAGACGCAGAGUUUACGCUGGAAAGAGAGUGGGUUGUCUCGUGGGGGGAGAACCCAAGGACUGCAUCGGUUCCCAUUCCAGAAGAAGAUGAAGCAUGCGACGAUGGUUUGGAAUGUGGUUGCUGCUUCUCAGACUAUGCAUUUGAAAAGAUGAUUCAGUGUCCAGACGGUCAUCUAUUUUGUGCUCCUUGUAUGACCCAGUAUGCAGAAACGCUACUGGGCUCGCAUGAUAUCCGGAUUGUGUGUAUGGAUCAGAGUGGUUGUAAACUUCUCUUUCCAAUCGACCAGCUCCGGCGCUUUUUGACACCGAAACUCCUCGAACUUUAUGAGCGUGUCAAACAAAAUAAAGAAGUCGCCGCGGCAGGCCUUGAAGGUCUUGAAGAAUGCCCGUUCUGUGAAUUCAAGUGUGUUAUCGAGAAUGAGCAAGAGAAACUCUUCAACUGCAGAAAUGACGAUUGUGGGGCAGUAACCUGCAGGCAAUGUAAACAGCUGGAUCAUUUGCCGAAAAGCUGCAAAGAGGUAGAAGAAGACAAGAAGCGGGAAGGCCGACAUCACAUUGAGGAGGCCAUGACCCGAGCACUAAUGCGAAAUUGCCCGCGAUGUCAGAAAGCGUUCGUGAAAGAUGCAGGUUGUAACAAGAUGAUAUGUCCAGGAUGCAACGCCAUGUCUUGCUACGUCUGUCGGAAGCUAAUAACUGGCUACGAACAUUUUGCUUCUAUGCCUGGGCAACCUGUAGCUGCUGGCUCUAGCAAAUCUGGUCGUUGUCCUUUGUGGGAUACCGUCGAGCAACGACACGCAGAUGAGGUAAAAGCUGCUGCAGACCAGGCUCGAGAAGCUUAUAAGAGAGACAAUCCUGAUGCAGAUGAUCAAGACCUCCAGGUUGAUCUGCCUGUUGCGCCUCCACCUCUACCUCAGCCUCAACUCCAACCUAUGGCGCAUCAACCUUAUUUGGCAAAUCCUUUUCUCGUCAAUCUCCAAAAUGCCAAUGCACUUUACCAAGAACAAAUACAACGUCUCCUCGGGGUACAUCAGGCGCGAAUGCCCAUCCCUGCAUUCCAUUUACCUCCCGCACCAGCGUUCCAUUUGCCCCCCGCACCACACGUCCCUGUUGCCCCACCAAGGCGUCCACGUGCUGCGCGUGGCCGACGUCGAUGA